UUGUGAUAACGAGACAACCCGUUAGAAAUUUCUAUUGGAUUUUCAAUUCUGAGUUUCUAGGGGUUUUUGAGACCCAACUGCGUUUUUGGCUUCGGCUGCAAGCUCAGAAAAAGCUUCACUUUGGAAUUCUUGGUCCUUCCUUCGAGCUCCUUAGGAACUGAAGGGAGCGUAAGGACCAAAAGAAAAGGGUAAAUGAUGAUGACAAUGGAAGGAGUAUCUGUAAAACUUCCAUCCUAUUCAUUCCUAAUCAUACGAAGCCCUGCCCGCUGCGUUACUCGGAACUUCCGACCCUUUUCCAUAUCCGCUUCAACUCUUAAAGAAGGCCACCCGGCGGCCCCGUCUGCUCCACCUGCAUCCCUUUCGCUUGGUCACUUGACCCGACCCGAUUUUCCCAUCCUCCAUCAGGAAGUAAAUGGGUCUAGGCUUGUUUACUUGGACAAUGCUGCAACUUCCCAAAAGCCUACUGCUGUGAUAGGAGCUUUGCAGAAUUACUAUGAGUCUUACAAUUCAAACGUGCAUCGUGGGAUUCAUUACUUAAGUGCAAGGGCAACAGAAGAAUAUGAACUGGCGAGAAAGAAGGUUUCCAACUUUAUCAAUGCAUCGGACUCACGAGAAAUUGUUUUUACUAGGAAUGCUACUGAAGCCAUCAAUCUGGUUGCUUACACAUGGGGACUCCAAAAUAUAAAACCAGAUGAUGAGAUCUUACUUACAGUUGCUGAACAUCACAGUGCAAUCGUUCCUUGGCAACUUGUAGCUCAAAAGACCGGCGCUGUUUUGAAAUUUGUGGAAUUAAAUGGGGAUGAAGUUCCAGAUGUGGACAAUUUAAAAGAUAUGCUUUCAAGGAAAACAAAGCUUGUAGUUGUUCAUCAUGUCUCAAAUGUGCUUGGUUCUGUUCUUCCUAUCAAAGAUAUCGUGCUUUGUGCUCAUGAUGUUGGUGCAAAAGUUCUUGUAGAUGCUUGUCAGAGUGUUCCACAUAUGGUGGUUGAUGUACAGGAUCUGAAUGCUGACUUUCUUGUUGCUUCUUCUCACAAGAUGUGUGGGCCCACAGGCGUUGGAUUCUUGAUAAGUUGUGUUUUGAAUGUUUUACCUCUUUUUCUAGGUGGUGGAGAAAUGAUAUCUGAUGUAUUCCUAGAUCAUUCCACCUAUGCAGAACCUCCAUCUAGGUUUGAGGCUGGAACACCAGCAAUUGGGGAAGCAAUUGGGUUAGGAGUAGCUAUUGAUUAUUUGUCAGGACUUGGUAUGCAAAAGAUACAUGAUUAUGAGAUAUUUCUUGCUAAAUACCUAUAUGAUAGCCUUAGUUCAGUCCCCAAUAUUCACAUUUAUGGUCCUGCCCCCUCAAAUCAUGUCACCCGUGCUGCUCAUUGUUCUUUCAACGUCGACAAUAUUCACCCUACAGAUCUGGCAACUUAUCUUGACCAACAGCACGGAGUGGCUAUCCGAUCUGGUCACCAUUGUGCCCAACCUCUUCAUCGACAUUUAGGAGUCAGUGCAAGCGCCCGUGCGAGUCUUCACUUCUACAACACCGUAGAGGAUAUUGACGACUUUAUCCAGGCCCUUAAUGACACAGUCAGCUUCUUUAAUUCUUUCAAGUAGUGAGCCUUGCUAGCCUCCUGUAAAUUGUAUAAACUAUUCUACUGACUCCGUAAGCUUAUAUGAAUUGAGCAUCGUUUGUGCGAUUCUUUGUUAAAGACUGGA